CUCGCACGGAUUGUUUUGCCCGCGCCGCCGCCGCCGCCGCCGCCGCCGCCGAGGAGCAGCAGCGCUUGUGCAAACCGGGAAGAUGGCGGCCGGCGGCGGCGGAGGCAGCAGUAAGGCCUCCUCCUCGUCGGCCUCUUCGGCUGGGGCUCUGGAGUCCUCGCUGGAUCGAAAGUUCCAGUCGGUAACGAACACGAUGGAAUCCAUUCAAGGCCUGUCGUCCUGGUGUAUAGAGAACAAGAAACACCACAGCACCAUCGUCUACCAUUGGAUGAAGUGGCUGCGGAGAUCUGCAUAUCCCCACCGUUUGAAUCUCUUCUACCUUGCUAAUGAUGUCAUACAGAACUGUAAAAGGAAAAAUGCAAUCAUAUUUCGUGAAUCAUUUGCUGAUGUCCUUCCUGAAGCAGCUGCUCUAGUGAAGGACCCGUCUGUGUCGAAGUCUAUAGAACGAAUCUUUAAAAUCUGGGAAGAUAGAAAUGUAUACCCAGAAGAAAUGAUCAUGGCAUUGAGAGAAGCUUUGAGUACCACUUUCAAAACUCAGAAGCAGCUGAAAGAAAACCUGAACAAACAACCGAAUAAGCAGUGGAAGAAAUCACAAACAUCUACGAAUCCAAAAGCUGCUCUCAAGUCUAAAAUUGUUGCUGAAUUUCGAUCUCAGGCCCUCAUUGAAGAACUGUUGCUCUACAAGCGCUCAGAAGAUCAGAUAGAAUUGAAGGAGAAACAGUUGUCAACUAUGAGGGUGGAUGUGUGCAGCACAGAAACUCUGAAGUGCUUAAAAGAUAAAACAGGAGGGAAGAAGUUUUCCAAAGAAUUUGAAGAGGCAAGCUCUAAGCUGGAAGAAUUUGUAAAUGGAUUAGAUAAGCAGGUGAAAAAUGGACCCUCACUAACAGAAGCACUGGAGAAUGCUGGAAUUUUCUAUGAAGCACAGUAUAAAGAAGUAAAAGUGGUGGCCAAUGCAUACAAAACCUUUGCUAACCGAGUAAACAAUUUAAAGAAGAAAUUGGAUCAGUUAAAGUCAACCCUUCCUGAUCCUGAAGAAUCACCAGUCCCUUCCCCAAGUAUGGAUGCUCCCUCCCCAACUGGCUCCGAGUCUCCAUUCCAAGGAAUGGGAGGCGAGGAGUCCCAGUCACCAACUGUGGGUAGUGAGAAAUCUGCCACACCUGAGCCUGUGACAGACAAUCGGGAUGUGGAAGACAUGGAGCUCUCAGACGUAGAAGAUGAUGGGUCCAAAAUCAUCGUGGAGGACAGGAAGGAUAAACCUGUGGAGAAGACAGCUGUCUCCACUUCCGUACCUACAAAGCCAACAGAAAGUGUCUCAAAGGCCUCUUCGUGUGCUCCAGUGCCUGUGACCAUGACAGCAACUCCCCCUCUUCCAAAGCCUGUGAAUACGUCUCUUCUGUCCCCGUCCCCAGCUUUGACUUUGCCAAACCUGGCUAAUGUGGAUCUAGCAAAGAUCAGUUCCAUCCUUAGCAGCCUGACUUCAGUCAUGAAAAAUACUGGGGUCAGUCCUGCAUCAAGACCCUCUCCAGGAACUCCUACCAGUCCCAGCAACCUCACCAGCGGCCUGAAAACACCUGCGCCUGCCACAACCACCCCUCACAACCCUCUGGCAAAUAUCCUCUCGAAGGUGGAGAUCACCCCUGAGAGCAUUCUGUCUGCUCUUUCCAAAACUCAGACACAGUCAGCCCCUGCACUGCAAGGCCUGUCAUCUUUGCUUCAGAGUGUUACUGGGAACCCAGCCCCAGCCAGUGAAGCUACAUCCCAGAACACUUCAGCUUCUCCUGCCAACACCACAGUCUCUUCUGUAAAGGGAAGAAAUGCACCCUCCAAUACCCAGUCUUUUAUUCCCAAAAGUUUCAACUAUUCUCCUAAUUCAUCAACUUCUGAAGUCUCUUCAACUUCAGCCAUCAAGGCAUCAAUAGGGCAAAGCCCAGGGCUUCCAAGCACUACUUUCAAACUACCGUCCAACUCUCUGGGGUUUACUGGUACCCACAGUACUAGCCCUGCUGCCCCACCUACUGAAGUUGCCAUGUGCCAAUCUUCAGAGAGCUCCAAGCCAAAGCUGGAGUCUGAGUCCACCUCCCCAAGUCUGGAAAUGAAGAUCCACAACUUCUUAAAAGGUAAUCCUGGUUUCAGUGGCUUAAAUUUAAACAUCCCAAUCCUGAGCAGUUUGGGAUCCAGUGCCCCAUCAGAGAGCCACCCCUCAGACUUCCAGCGUGGCCCUACUAGCACCUCAAUCGACAACAUUGACGGAACCCCUGUACGGGAUGAACGGAGUGGGACUCCCACCCAGGAUGAGAUGAUGGACAAGCCCACAUCAAGCAGUGUAGAUACUGUGUCCCUGCUUUCUAAGAUCAUUAGCCCUGGUUCCUCAACACCCAGCAGUACAAGAUCACCACCCCCUGGGAGAGAUGAAAGCUAUCCCCGGGAGCUCUCCAAUUCCGUAUCUACAUAUCGACCCUUUGGCCUGGGCAGUGAAUCUCCCUAUAAGCAGCCUUCUGAUGGAAUGGAGAGACCGUCUUCCCUGAUGGACUCUUCUCAGGAAAAGUUCUAUCCAGAUACUUCUUUCCAAGAAGAUGAGGAUUAUCGAGAUUUUGAGUAUUCAGGGCCUCCACCCUCUGCCAUGAUGAACCUAGAGAAGAAACCAGCCAAAUCUAUCCUGAAGUCAGCCAAGCUUUCUGAUGCCACCGAGUACCAGCCAAUCCUGUCCAAUUAUAGCCACAGGGCCCCAGAAUUUGGGGUAAAGUCUGCAUUCCCUCCAUCUGUAAGGGCCCUCUUGGACUCUAGUGAGAACUGUGAGCGUCUCUCAUCCUCCCCUGGGCUAUUUGGUACCUUCAGCAUAAGAGGGAAUGAACCUGGGUCUGACCGGUCACCAUCACCGAGUAAGAAUGAUUCAUUUUUUGCCCCUGACUCCAACCACAAUAGCUUGUCUCAGUCUGCCACUGGGCACCUCAGUUUGCCACAGAAGCAGUACCCAGACUCUCCUCACCCAGUCCCACAUCGUUCCCUUUUCUCUCCGCAGAAUACCCUUGCUGCUCCCACGGGCCAUCCACCCACAUCAGGCGUGGAGAAAGUCCUGUCCUCCACCAUUUCCACCACAUCGACAAUUGAGUUUAAGAAUAUGCUUAAAAACGCCUCACGCAAGCCCUCAGAUGAUAAGCAUUUUGGCCAAACCCCCAACAAGGGCACUUCCGGUGAUGGUGUCAGUCUGUCCAGCCUCGCCCAGCCCAGCCUGCCCACCUCUGAUCAGCAGCAACAAGAAGAGCACUACCGCAUAGAAACCCGCGUCUCCUCCUCCUGUCUAGACUUGCCUGAUAGCACCGAAGAAAAGGGGGCCCCUAUAGAAACUCUGGGUUAUCAUAACGCAGCCAAUAGGAGAAUGUCAGGGGAGCCAAUACAGACCGUAGAGUCCAUCCGAGUUCCUGGGAAGGGAAAUAGAGGACAUGGGCGAGAGGCAUCAAGGGUGGGUUGGUUUGAUCUAAGCACAUCAGGCAGCUCUUUUGACAAUGGCCCCUCAAGUGCCUCUGAGUUGGCAACCCUUGGGGGUGGGGGCAGCGGAGGACUCACUGGCUUUAAAACACCCUACAAGGAACGGGCACCCCAGUUUCAGGAGAGUGUCGGCAGCUUUCGUUCCAACAGUUUCAACUCAACAUUUGAGCACCAUCUCCCCCCGUCCCCCUUGGAACAUGGGACACCCUUCCAGAGAGAGCCAGUGGGGCCGUCACCUGCCCCACCUGCCCCUCCUAAGGAUCAUGGUGGUAUCUUCUCUCGAGAUGCACCUGCUCAUCUGCCCUCUGUGGAUCUUUCGAACCCUUUCACAAAGGAAGCAGCCCUGGCCCAUGCUGCCCCACCGCCUCCUCCUGGAGAGCACAGCGGAGUUCCUUUCCCUGCCCCGCCCCCUCCUCCACCCCCUGGGGAACAUAGCAGCAGUGGUGGAAGUGGUGUCCCUUUUUCUACUCCGCCACCUCCACCUCCUGUUGACCACUCUGGAGUUGUGCCCUUCCCAACCCCACCACUGGCAGAGCACGGAGUGGCAGGGCCUGUGGCAGUAUUUCCCAAGGACCAUAGUUCCCUUCUUCAGGGGACCCUGGCUGAGCAUUUUGGCGUGCUCCCAGGACCCAGGGACCAUGGGGCCCCGCCGCAACGGGACCUCAACGCCCCUGGCCUUAGCCGUGUACGAGAGAGCCUGAGCCUAUCCUCCCACCCUCUGGAGCACCUGGGUGCAGCCCAUGGCGGAGGCAGUGUGGGGGGCAGCAGCAGCAGUGGCCCCCCCUUGGGUCCCUCACACAGAGACACCAUCAACCGGAGUGGUAUGAUUUUACGGAGUCCCCGGCCAGACUUUCGGCCUAGGGAACCUUUUCUCAGCAGAGACCCAUUCCACAGUUUAAAGAGACCCAGGCCACCUUUUGCUAGGGGCCCUCCGUUCUUUGCACCAAAACGCCCAUUCUUCCCUCCCAGGUACUGAUGGAAACCAAGGGAAAAGCAUUUGGAAGAGUCUAGAGAGCCUUGGAAGUAGGAGUUUGGUUUGUUGUUGUUUUUAUUUGUUUUCCCUCCCUUGCCUUAUUUUUUAUUAUGGUAAGGACCUUCCUCCCAAACUGAAAAGUUAUACAUGCCUACAUUUUACUAUUCCAUCAAGUCCUCCCUCCCACUGCACUUACUACCUUCCCUGAGUUGAUUGUAUUUGGGGGGGAGAAAAAAACCCACAACCAAAGCCACUUCAUAUGGCUGGGGACUUGGGGAGUGGGAGGAAAACAAUCUUUAUUUCAUCCCAUCUACUGAAGACUAUUUACUACAUUUGAAAUAAAACUUCCAUCAGUACAGAUGAUAACGUGCAAUGUUGGGGUGUUAUUUGGGCCUUGCCCAUCCAGUAGUCAGUGGAAGGGCUCCUGUGUCCUUCCCCCUCGAGCUUAGUGACCGCUGUCCCCAGUGUGGCUCCCUCCAGGGCUCUAUACUGCUGACAGCCAAGGGACGGGAAGCAUGGGAGACCUUGGGCCUGUCAGGCUUACUUGUUUUCCUUUUUUUUUUUUAAGGCACGUGGAAGUUUAGUUCUGUACCUUUCUCCUAACAUCUUAAUUUUCUUUUAAAUCAGCCUCUUCCUCCAAAGUACUAUCCAGCAGUAACUUUGAGGCAUUACAAACCUUAUUCUUAGUAGAAAUUUUUUGUCUUUGUUCUUGGAGUGAAAGAGAAGAGGCUAAAUGUAAAUUCAGGGUGAAAAUAAGGAGCAAGUACAAUAUAUAAAGCUAGGAAAGGAACUGUUAAUGGUGUGGUAUAACCUGGCUGUCCUUUUAAGCAAGAAAUAGUUUUCCACAAAUCUUGUGCCAUGCUCUUGCCUCUUUUUUCCCCUGGACUUUUUUGCUCUUCCUCAGUUUUUACUUCUCUUUUGGCUAGAAAGUCACUACAGUUGGCCAUUAAUACAAAGGUUCAACUGAAAUAUUAUCCCUGCAUCUUUUAAUAAAAGAAUUAGACAUUAAUGUUACCAUGAUGCCUCCCUAAUGCAAUAUUUAUUGGUGGUUUUCAGCAAGGAUUAACACUUAGAAAAAGGAAAACAUUUGUCUUUAUCUUCUCCCCUUGCCUCAGUCCUGUAUGCACCCCUAUUCUUGGUAUUUCAAAGAAAGAGACUCAGUAGUAUCUUUAUAGUAUACCUCUUUAGAUGUGUCUUAGAAACAGGUGGGCAUUCCAUGCAUGUCUUUACUGAGAAACAAGGAAACUGAUAACUCUAGAUUGACUCCACUCCACAGAUAACAAGCAGCCUGCCAAAUUUCAAGGGACUAACCUUAUCCCCGCCCCAACAGGAAGUAAAGAAUGUUUCUGCCCUUAGUCAUUUUACAGGAGAGAGAAGUGCUUUCCUUCUCCCUGGACUAAAAGGCUUGUUUAUAUUUCUACACCUAGUACUUGGGAAAAGACAAGCACUGUACUUUGUUUAUAUCUUUGGGUCAAGGGGCACCGAAAAGCAAAUAACUCCUUACUACAUUUCUUUAAUUCAGUGUUUCACCCCACUGAAUUGUAAAUCUCCAGCUAGAUGAGUAAAACAUCCUAGCAAGUUCAUGUAUUUUCUGCCAGCUUAGUAUAGAACCAACUAGGGAAGUAAGGGGGUGGAAUUUUAAAAAUGGGAGAGGCUGGGGCCGGGGAUUUAGCUCAGUGGUUUCGCCGACUGCUGCGCAAGCGCAAGUACCUGAGUUCAAUCUCUAGUACCAAAAAAAAAAAAAAUGGGAGAGGCUGGAUAAUGUAACAAGACUGUUCUUUGUCUUAGAAUAAACUUGCUUUUCAGAGAAAAAGCAGCCAAGCCAGGUGUGCAUCCUAGCUUGGGAGUUUUCUGUAAUGUGUUCCAUGUUGUUUACUUGGGCUCACCCUGUGUUCCUGUGUGUGGUCAGGGUGUGACAAGCCAUUCAUCUUCCCAAUGCUCACCUGGCUUUAAGCCAGCUGUUCUUUGUUUCUCUGACCCUCUCAAGCCACUGUCCUAUAGCUGUCCCCACAAAAAUACAUGAUACCAUGACCUUCCGUGUGGGACGGGACCUACAGUAGAGCAAAGCAAAGGAAAUAGUUACACAUUGGGUCCUAAGACAUAGUGAAAAGAGAGAGACAAAGAACAGGGGUGGGGUAGGGGGAUUCUAUUUGACUUUCAGAUUUGAUUCUUUCAAAAAUGAAGUGGGGUGUUUUUCAUUUUAGAAUACAAGAAUGUGAAUUCUUUCUGCUGCUCUUGUUUAAGCUAAAUGUAGUAUUUACUUGAAAAGGCUCUCUAACCUUUGAUUUUAUCGGAAACGUUGAGAUGUCGGGAAAGUGGCUUCCUGAAUAUGGGGCCAGGGUGGUUGUCCCCAAAAACAUGGUGGCUGACACACGAAAGAUGUUGUAUAGUUCAAAGGUGAACUUGUUUUUGUGGAAUAUUUUUGUUUUGUUUUUGCCACAAAAUCCUCAGCAUUUGUUUCAGGAUGAAAGUGAGGAUUUGUAUGAGACUGUCAGUUACUAAUUUUAGGGAAAUCUGUCCACAGCAGUAAAUGAAGAGGACAGUGUAUAUAUGUGAUAUAGUGAAACCAGGUAAUUCUGGUAUUCAUAAACAUGAAACAAAGAGGUUUUAUUCUUUCUGUGUCUGUGAUUUAAAACUGUGACCAUGCACUGACUUUUGUAUUUCAACCUGAGUUAAAAAAAAAUAAACAAGAUAUUUUUUAAAGAAAGCAUAGCAUAGUAUAUCUUAGCAAGGACAUGAUUCAUAUGAAAGCAGAAUAUGAGCUGUUGUAAGGUCUUUGGUGCUCACUGUAAAAUCACAGAUAGAGAAUUCUAGUGAACACUCUAGUACCAUUUAAAGUUAGUUAUACAGUAUCAGAAAUAGGGCCGUGACGUAUUUUGUAAGAGUUGUAAGAGUUCAUUCUUCAGCCAGCAUAGAUGAGAGCCCUCCCUGCUUCCCUCUGCCCUCCCGAGAGUUGAGGUAAAUAGAAUUUGGUUUGAUUCCAGGGAGGUGAGCAGAGUGGGACUUUUAUCCUUUCCAAUACCAGGAACACACUUUGUAAUAAUACAUGGUACAGCAAACCUAUCUAGAUAAUGUGAAUAUGCUAAACUUCCUAAUUACAGAGUAUUCACUAUCCUGAAGUUACCUGUUCAUGCAGUUAAUCUUCAGCUGUUACUGUUUUAAGCCGCUGUAAAUUACUGCUUCCCUCCUCCCUCCUCCCUCUUUUUUAAUUGGUGGGGGUGCCUGUUAAGAGUAAAAUUAGAUAUGUUGGAUUGGUAUUUUCACGUGUUCAGUGUGGAAAACGAAACAAGUACACGCUUUAGAGGCAACAACAAUGAAAUCCUUUUGAAAUGUGUGUUAAUAUCAUUUAAUAAAAAUAACUAGUUCUAAAGGUUUGACAUUUUUUUUUGAGAUUGGGGCUUGGACCAAGGGCCCUCAGCUUCUCUGGUGAGUGCAAAUAGGAGCUUCUCCAGGAGCUGAAACUGCUGCUUUGUGGAGGAGACCUGUGGUUGGAAAACCUAAUUUUUCUCCAGCAAAGAUCCAACAUGACUGUCUAGGGCUAAAGAUGAAACCAACUACAGAAUGCAGAGAGAAAAGCCUGGAUCUGCCUGUGAAGAUGCAGCUGUAUUGGCUUUUGGUUUAAAAGAUGUAUGGGGAAGGGGAUAAGAGUGGCUCACAGAUGCUACCGGCCAUUUAUCUCGUCCCUUUCUUGUGACCACUUGCACUUUCCUCUCUUCCAGCCAUUCCUUUAUUAAAAAAAAAAAGUUCUUUGUCCCCAGUA